AUGUCAUGUCGUAGCACGCGAGCUCGAGCAGCCAAAAUUGUGCUAGAAGAGCCCUUGGAACAGACCAGGAAGAUUACCGAUGUGUUCAAGGUCACAAGAGGAAGAGGAAGAACACAGAAAAAGCUUCACGGCGAUGAGACUCGCGUCGAUACAAAGCCCCUCCUGGCAUCGGGAUUUAUUCAGCAGGAAUUGACUGAAGGCGUUUGUUCAUCAGCAAAAGCGGAAACUAUAUGUUCACCCCCAAAGAGAGCGAAGAAGUGUACCGAUCACACACAACGAAGCGCUAGAAAAAUUCUUUUCGCCACUGACGACAACAAAAAAAGUUCGCCAAAAAAGGAAAUGGUUGUUGAGGUCAGCCAAACGGAUGUACUGGUUUCAUCGACUGCGACAGUAGAAAUGACAACUAGAACCAAUGUCUCCGCAACAGUGAAAUCAGAGACGUCGAGAGAAACCGAAUCGUGCGUCGUUGUAUCUCCUGCUAAAGAUUCGUUGAUUUCUAGGGCCGAAGAGCUGAGCGAGAGGCUCACAUCGAAGGCUGCCCAAAUCAAAGCACGUGCUCGCAUACGAAGUGUUGCGGAACUUCAAGCAGUGCUGGCCCAAAAAGGCGCUGUCAAAGCAGUUCAUGAACAGGCACAGCGGAUCAAGAGCCAAAAGGUGGAGGAACACGCCAAGAUCCUCAAAUCACCAGUGAAGUCUGUACCAAAAGGGUCAGCGCGAGGAGAAUUAACAACUAAGGCAAAGUUCAGCUCACCACAAAAGCGUUUGGAACCGUCGACCUCUGUUGUGCCUGAUUUCAUUCUUCCCACGCAUAAAACACCUGCCAAAGCGUCUCUGGACGAAUUUGAGCUGAAUGAAACGAGGUAUUCAGUGUGCUGCAUGUCUUUGAGUACGGGAAAAGCUUCACGACUCAUUGAGGAAGUCAAGAAAAACUCCACUCUUCCUCUGCCUAAGCAGUACGAGCGCCUGCACGACACCUUCCAGUCGUGUGAUAGGGUUGUCUCCAUAUUCACCAACCAAGGAAGGCGAUGUGCCGUUCUAGAGAUUCAGAAGAAUGUCGAGAAGAAUACACAACUGAGCUUUACACGUAAACAUCUGGCUCAAAUCAUCCAUGUCUACCCAACUUCGUAUGAUGUUCGUCUAGACAAGCGGCGAAAAGCAUUUGGUGGUGAUGCGGAGUCAUAUGGGAAGAAAGAGCUCAUCAUGACGGCAAAUCUAGUGGAUGAUUUGACGGGAUUUAUGCUGCCUGAUACUCCAGUAAAGUGUGAUGAUCAACCACUUCCCUCAGUCACACCGAGUAAAUUAAUGUCUCCUCGAAAGAAAGUGGUAACGGCACUUCCCAGAGAUCCAGUGCUAGACACUAGGCCUCGUCUUGAAGGUUGGCGUAUGACUUGUAGAAGUCAUGUGUUCAGGCAUAAGCUGGUGGAAAUUGCGAAGAAGUUUCAUCGAAAAUUCUUGGAACGCAUAGGAUUCACUCUGAAAGAUGCCGAACUCGCGCGAUUACGCCGCUUUCAUCCUAAGUUUGAUAUUGAGCAAGAAUGUGAAGAACUGGAACAGGCUAAACUCCCUGAAGAUGAACAUGACGCAAGUGAGCAGCACUUCGAAAUGAAGGAUUACUUUGCAAUGGUCGACACUAGCGUACCACUCCCAAAAGCGGUUUCGGCUGCGCUUGAAGAUUUGAAGAGUCCGGUGAAGAAACUUAUCAGCUCUAAUUCGGCAGUACCUCUCUCACCGCGUCAAUUUGCUGAAAAACAAGCCUCAAAACCGAAAGGAUCGAUGUCUCUGCUCGAAAGGAUUCGUGCGAAAGAAGCUGAAAGGAAAGCUGCCGAAAAGCUAAGAGAUCCUGUGAUAGAAAGAAAAAUAGAACUGCUCCAGCGCAUUCUACAUGGCCUCUUGCGAUGUAUCACAACGUACUUUGCAUUCAAGAAAGUUCGUUCAAUGGACUUGAGGACGCUGUCUGAACAGGUCGCAAGGAGCCAGUCGUCUAUGAAUCGUGAUUUGCUGAUGGAACAUCUCACGAUACUCUGUGAGGUUGCGCCGAGUUAUCUGGCGUUCACGGAAUUAGGUGGUAAGAAGUAUCUUCAGUUGAAGGAGAACAACUACAAUGCCAUCGAGAAAGUAGUAGAAGAAGAGGUGGCACGUCUACGGUCCUCCUUGCCAUCCGUGACGCAACUUCAACAAGGGGUUCCUGUGGAGAACGCGGUAAAGAAGGCUGCUGUUAGAGCUCUUUUUUAG